AUGGCUAACCAACUGCCAAUGCGGGAUAUUAUGCCUCAUAUGAAAAAUUGGAGUUGUAUCGUCACUGUUCAAGAAAAGCAACAAAUCACAAAUUCAAUGGGGACACCAACAAGAAAGCAGAAAUUUGUUUUCUAUGAUUCAGAGGGAUCAAGAGUCGAAGGAAUCAUCUUCAAUGAUGAUAUUCCUAGAAUGAGCCAGAUCCUGCAGAUUUAUAAAAAAUAUAAAAUCUCCAAUGCUGAGGUCAGGCCUAUACCGCCGAAGUUCCAGACCUCUGAGCUUACCAUUCAGUGGGUUAUCAGCACCAGAACUGUUAUUGAAGAGAUUGCUAUUGAUGAUGAAGUCAUGCCUGUGAAAUUCUGCUAUUCGAAGUUUACUGACUUAGUUCAGUACAUGCAUGACAAAACUAAAUCAGUCGACGUGCUGGGAGUUGUGAUUAGUGCGCUUGAGAGGAAAACAGUUAUCAAGAAUUCAAGGCAAUCAGAUGUUCAGAAAUUUGUCCUGCUUAAUGAAGAAUCCCAGCCUGUUCUAUUGUCUCUAUGGGAUAGUUUUCUGGCUAAUGAGGGACAGGAGAUAGUGUCUAAACUUCACACCUAUCCUGUGAUCAUUGCUCGCAGAGUUAAAGUGAACAACUAUAAUGGGGUCACACUAGGUACUUGGUUUGAUUCAGCGAUUCUUGUUGAUCCACCUAUACAAGAAGCAAGGGAACUCAAAAACUGGGCAUUGAGGAACACUAAGUUCAUUAAAGAGAUUGUCGAAAAAAAGGACUACAUUAAAUAUAAUCCGCAGCUGUCAUUGAAAUCAGGCCAGAAAACCACACUUCAUCACAAAAGAUACCGCUUUAAUGUUGAUUUGGCUGAUUCCACUGGUGUCAUACCAGCUUCAGUAUUUGGCGAAUUAGCAGAGAACCUAUUGACGUUUAGUGCACUGGAAGCAAUGCAACAUUUUAAUGAGAAUGUUGAGCUUCCCCUCGAGUUUGUCCACAAGGAGCUUAAAUCAAAGACGUUUCUCCUUCACAUCAAACCUGUUCAAACGCAGCUGGCAGAUUCAAGGCAGCGCUACACAGUUAUAUACUACUCUGAAAUUGAUGAUGAUGCCGAUUCUGUCCAGUUAACAGAUGAACCAAGAGAUGACUCCCCUUUUCCUAGCAAAGAAUCUGAGACUGUACAGCUCGGGGCUGAAGGGGAGAAUACUGCUCGUUCAAAGGUUUGUGUUCAGCUUUCUCAGAGGUUUGAUGAACCACACAGCACUGAAGCAAAUGAGGAUGAAGAUGCAGAAUGCAUCUCUAGCAAGAAGCAAAAAAUCGACUGA